GGCACUGGGCAGUCGAUACACGCAUGCGCGUGUAAUUUGACGUGUUUAAGUUGACGUUUCGAUUUCCGCGCUUUGAAAACCAGUUUCAUUGACGUUUCGUGCGGUUGUGGUGCAUCUUAAAGUAAAAGUGUAACAAAAUUAUAAUUAUUACGCUCUAUUUAAAUAAUUUAUAAAUAAAAAUGGAGAGAAAUGAACGUAAAACUAAUUCGCGUACACAUUCAAUCACCUUGGAUCGUGAUUCUAAGUUUUUAUUGCGAAAAGUUCUCAUGGAUUUCGCUGUACUUUUUAUCGUUGGCUUCCUAAUACUCGUCUUCUACUUAUGGGGAGCUCCGUAUGAGCGAGGCUUCUUCUGCGAUGACGAGUCCCUUAAGCACCCGUACAAAGAAUCUACAGUCACCAACAUUAUGCUAUACAUCAUUGGACUUGGUCUACCCGUAUUCACGAUGUGUCUGACGGAGUGGAUCCGCCUACGUGACUACAAGGGCGGCCGGUCCCGCGUAAUCCUGGGCACGGAAAUCCCGGCGUGGGUCUGGGAGGCUUACCGCGUGAUCGGCGUGUUCCUAUUCGGCUGUGCCUGUCAGCAGCUCACCACGGACGUCGCAAAGUACACUAUAGGCAGACUACGGCCGCACUUCUUUGAGGUGUGUAAUCCGGACAUCGACUGCACUCUCCCGGAGAAUAGAUGGCGUUACAUUGAGAAAUUCACGUGUCUCGGAGAAAACAAGAAACUGCUCAAAGAAAUGAGGCUCUCCUUCCCGAGUGGACACUCAUCAUUCUCGGCUUACACCAUGAUUUAUUUUGCUUUAUAUCUUCAAAAACGUUUCGUAUGGCGCGGAUCCAAACUCCUACGCCACUUCAUCCAAUUCGUGCUGAUUAUGAUGGCCUGGUACACAGUGAUGACCCGGGUGUCAGAUUACAAACACCAUUGGAGUGAUGUACUGGCUGGUUUCAGUAUUGGACUCCUUGCUGCUAUUGUUGUGUACGCAUUUAUCUCAGACUUACGCAAAACGUCGCGCCGUCUAAACGGUUGCCAUGACAACGAGUUGACCACCAACGGCACCACUCGCACAGCCCCCAGUUGGCAGGUUUGACCUUCAACCACUCAACCAGAUAGCGUGGUUGACGGUGGACGACCCGCAACCACCGUGUCCCAGAUUUAUACAGACUUUUGAAACCGGGGGAUUUAUGAAGCCUAAAAGGCAAACACAUUUAAAUUGGAAAGUUUGAUUAUGAAUGGCCAUACACAAACCAUAGAGAACCGUUUAAAAUUACUGUGGUAAUAAAGAGUUGAUUAUUUGGCUUGUGGCAAUUGACAUGAUUUUUAUACUAAAUUUGAAUUUGGAAUUAUGUAAAUAUUAGUUGGCUGGAAAAGUAAGAUUUUUAAUGUUUAAACAAAUUUAUUUAUUUAGAAGUUAAGUUUAUUGGUACAAUGUAGUUGUAAUCUCAGGAGAACGGGAAUAUUUUCACUUAAAAUUUGCAAAACUUGACGCCCCAAAUUCAUUAACAAAUUCGGCAAGCUAAGACCAAAUUAUUAUAUUAAUUUGUAUGUGUCUUCCAUAUAAACCCUGUCGAACUAUUUUAUCGAAAAGACAACUUUAUAAUUUAGGAUAAUUGUUGAUUAGAAUUUACUAAGCAAUGUGGUUUCAACGUCCAUGAAGUAAGCAAUAUAACUAUAUUUGCUAAUUUUCAUACGCCGUGAAGUUAGGCGAUAUUUUAUACCUUAUAACAUUUUUAUCAACCAGUAUUGUAGCGAUUUAGCACAUACUACUUAAUAUGCACUAUUUUUAAGUAAUUGUCAAUUUUAAUACAAUUAUAGACGAUAUUUAAGAAUUUAAACGCAUAAUAAAUACACUUUCACCGUUAUGAGAGCCUGGUACUGUCAAGACUGUUCUAUGAAAAACAAAUUACUAAGAAAACAUGAAUUAUCGCUUUCGAAUGAUUUGAGAUUAGGUUGAUAGGCAUUUUGAAAGAUCGCUCGUAUUUUUAUUUAUUUUUAGAUAUAGGAUUCCCAGUUUUUAAGAUUGGGAAUGUAUUUUACUCUGUGAUAUAGAAGUGUAAAUAUUGCAGUAUGAACUAGGUGCUUGUCUACAUAAAGUUCUGUUAAUAUUCCUGUCUCUUUCACUAUCUUUCUAAAGAAAGAGAGAGGAAUAUAAAAAAACUCGCAAUUUUCUGUAUGUAACCAGCUAUAGUUCGGUGCUACGUUUGCUAAUUUAAAGUUGCCAUUUAAUAAAAUGCUAUUUUUCCUGCACUUAUUUGUACUAAAAGCCUUAAGUUGUCGAAUGUUUUGUUCAUAUUUAAAGCUUUUACGUCUAAGAGUAUACAAUAUUUAUAUAAUUUAUUACUUGUUGCAAUGCAUAAUAAAUGUACACAUAAGAGCACCAUUUUAGGGGAUUCACUGCCUUUAGUUUUACGGCAGCUAUUUAUUUAGGUUAAGGCAAUAUAAAGCAUAAUAAAAAUGAUUCUUAUUUAA